AUGGACGAGACCGGAUUUCGGAUCGGAGAGUCUGCCACUGCGAUCGAGGCUAUCUCGGCUGGUGGAGCUUUCAUUCCCGCUUUCUUAAUCCUAUCUGGACAGAUGCACAUGACCUCAUGUCUGGAAUGGCUUCAACAUUUUGACAAGCAUUCGGCAAAGACCUCGAGAAGCUCGAAGCGUCUGCUAAUUCUCGAUGGCCAUGGCUCCCACCACACAAGGCAAUUCAUUCAGUAUUGCGACGAACACGGCAUCAUUCCAUUCGGUAUGCCCCCGAAUCUCACGCAUCUACUCCAGCCUCUGGAUGUUGUGGUAUUCCAGCCAUUGAAGCACUACCACGCCAAAGCGCUGGAAGUUAUGCUGAUAAACUCGAGAUCGUACUCCAAGAAGACGAAGACCUAA